AGCUUGACAGCAGGGAUGCAGGUGGAGCGGCUCGGCCAGGACCGUUCACAUCUGUCUUGAAGGAGAGAGGGGGGGAAGAAAACCUGCGUUCGGAUCUGUUCAACGCUCUGGAUAAAAAUUGAACAGAAAAUAAGCGUAGAAUCCCGAACUACGUCCAGACUAUACCCAGGGAUAUUUACAAACCUCCCCAAGUCUGGAGAAUAAUAUCGAAGGGAUUGCCGCAAAAUACAAAUCGCCAGCUCCCAUCCCAGUCAUGGAACCCAUACCUGCGUAAAUCUUUGUGUUCUGUAAGUUUAAGGAGAAGAAUGGCAUUAAACUGAAAAUGAUGAGCACAUCAAAUGCUCAAGCAGACACCAGCAGGCUCUGAUACCCGUCUACUAUAUAGCUCCCUUCCUCUUUUGCUCAUUUUCUUCUACUUGCUCUCCUCCUGAAGAAAGAUCACAAUCUUCCCCCACCCCACCCCCAAGCUUUUGGCAGCAGCUCAAAUUUCCUGGAAAUUGCUCUGAGAUCUGGAUUUGAGAGAGGAACAUUCUAUUUUUGGUCCAGGAUAGACAAAGAGGCUUUUGAAGAAACAACUGUGUUGAAAUUAUCAUAUUCCCCCUCUUUUAUUCUCCCCCUAUUCCUCAGUCCCAGAGGCACCAACUGAUGGAGAGACGAAGGAGAGAAUCAGGAUAAGGAGAAGAAUUAGAACACUAGAGAGAGGAGAAAAAAGUGCUUAUUGGUCAGGCAAAUUGUAGUAGAGCACCUGUGAGGAUUGCUUACCCAUUGACUUUUAUAACCGAAUUCAGUACUAUAUGAUACUUCUUGUUUAUAUUCCUGUUUAUAUUACAGUCUUUUCUCCUCAGUGAAGAGAGAGCUGUUGCUCAUUAGACCUACAGCAUUAAGAAAGAAGGGGGACACAUCAGAACUUUGAGCAUGACAAGGGGGUUAAGAAUCCUGUAUUUGCCCGUGUGGCCUCUGGCCCUCUUCAGCCUGCUCACUACAGUGAAUAUGUUGGAAUUCGGUGGGGCGCCUGGCCAGUGGGCACGUUAUGGGCGCUGGGAAGCUGGAUCAGUGGGUGAGCUGAGCUUCAGUCUCAAGACCAACAUCAGCAAAGCCUUGGUACUCUACCUGGACGAUGGCGGUAACUGCGACUUCUUGGAGCUGUUGAUUGCUGGUGGGCGCCUCCAGUUGCGCUUUGCCAUCCACUGUGCAGAGCCAGCCACCGUACACAUGGAGACACGGGUGAAUGACGACCGCUGGCACAUGGUCUUGCUUACCCGCAACUUCCGUGAGACCAUGCUAAUGGUAGAUGGGGAAACAAAAGUGGCAGAGGUCAAGUCAAAGAGGAGGGAAAUGGCAGUGGUCAGUGACCUGUUUGUAGGUGGGAUACCACCUGACGUGCGACUGUCUGCACUGACAUCCAGCACAGUGAAGUAUGAACCACCCUUCCAGGGCUUGAUCUCCAAUCUGAAGGUGGGAGAGAUGCCUCCUACUUUGCUCAAUAGCCAGGGUAUUCAGAGUGACCUGGAGUACCUCUGCACCAAACAGAACCCAUGCUUCAAUGGAGGGUUUUGUUCUAUUCAGUAUGGAGAAGUUCACUGUGACUGCACCCUCACUCGCUUCAAGGGAAAGUACUGCAAGGAAGCUGAAGAAUAUGCUGUUGAAGGUCUGGCGCACCUGACGUUAAACGACCAAGGUGAUUCAUCUCAAGUUGGCAAGGAAGAGUCAGUAGCCACCUUCAAGGGCAACGAGUUCUUCUGCUACGACCUGUCCAUGACACCCAUCCAGAGCAGCACCGACGAGAUCACGCUUUCCUUCCGAACACUGCAGCGCAACGGGCUCAUGCUGCACACUGGCAAGUCGGCUGACUAUGUGAAUCUUUCCUUGAAGAGCGGCGCGGUUUGGCUAGUCAUCAACCUGGGCUCGGGGGCCUUUGAGGCUCUGGUGGAGCCUGUCAACGGCAAGUUCAAUGACAACGCCUGGCAUGAUGUGCGCGUCACCCGCAACCUGCGCCAGCACGCAGGCAUUGGACACGCUAUGGUAAACAAACUGCAUUAUAUGGUGACCAUCUCAGUUGAUGGUAUUUUGACCACUACUGGUUACACCCAGGAAGAUUACACUAUGUUGGGCUCUGACGACUUCUUCUACAUUGGAGGUAGUCCAAACACUGCAGACCUGCCUGGAUCUCCAGUCAGCAACAACUUCAUGGGCUGCCUGAAAGAUGUGGUGUACAAGAACAACGACUUUAAGCUGGAGCUGUCACGGCUGGCCAUCGAGCGUGACCCGAAAAUCACCCUGAAUGGUGACCUGGUGUUCCGCUGUGAGGAUGUAGCAGCCCUGGAUCCUGUAACUUUUGAGACCCCCGAGUCCUACAUCUCUCUGCCAAAGUGGAACACCAAGAAGACGGGCUCUAUCUCUUUCGACUUUCGGACCACAGAGCCCAGCGGCCUUCUCUUAUUCAGCCACGGACGGCCUCAGGGGCCUAAAGAGCAGAAGCCUGGUAGGGAGCUAAAGACUGAUUACUUUGCCAUGGAGCUUCUGGAUGGGUAUUUGUACCUGCUGAUCGAUAUGGGCUCCGGAAAAACAAAGCUCAAGGCCAGCAACAAGAAGGUCAACGAUGGGGAAUGGUGCCAUGUGGAUUUCCAAAGAGAAGGAAGGAAAGGAUCAAUCUCAGUCAACAGCCGCAGCAUGCCCUUCAGCUCCCCAGAGGGCAGUGAAAUCCUGGACCUCGACAGUGAUAUGUACUUGGGCGGGCUGCCCGAAUCUAAGUCAGAUCUCAUCCUGCCGCCAGAAGUUUGGACAGCGCUCCUUAACUACGGCUACGUAGGCUGCGUCCGUGACCUCUUCAUCGACGGCAAGAGCCGGGAUGUCCGCCGGCUGGCUGAGAUCCAGAGUGCCCUGGGUGUCAGCAGUUUCUGCACCCGUGAACUACAGAAACGCUGCAGCAGUGCCCCCUGUGGCAACGGAGGUCUUUGCAAAGAGGGCUGGAACCGGUACAUUUGUGAUUGCACUGGCACCGGAUACCUUGGUACCAACUGUGAGAUAGAGGCAACAGUGCUGAGUUACGACGGCAGCAUGUACCUGAAGAUCAUCAUGCCGGUCACCAUGCACACGGAGGCCGAAGACGUGGCGCUGCGCUUCAUGUCUCAGCGAGCAUACGGCCUGCUCAUGGCCACCACCUCCAAGGAGUCAGCGGACACCCUGCGACUGGAGCUGGACGGAGGCCGCGUCAAGCUCACCGUCAACCUCGAUUGUAUCAGGAUAGACUGUAGCCUCAGCAAAGGACCCGAGACACUGUUCGCGGGGCAGAAGCUGAACGAUAACGAGUGGCACAUGGUGAAGGUGGUGCGGAGAGGCAAGAGCCUACAGCUGUCUGUGGAUAACGUCACAGUGGAAGGCCAGAUGACUGGUGCCCACACACGUCUUGAGUUCCACAACAUUGAGACGGGCAUCAUGACUGAGCGCCGCUUCAUAUCCGUGGUCCCCUCAAACUUCAUUGGCCAUCUGCAGGGCCUGACCUUCAAUAGUGUGCCAUAUCUAGACCAGUGUAAAAACGGGGACAUCUCCUACUGCGAGCUGAAUGCCCGCUUUGGCAUGCGCCACAUCAUUGCGGAUCCGGUGACAUUUCGAACAAAAGGCAGCUACUUAGCAUUAGCGACGUUACAAGCGUACGCCUCCAUGCACCUGUUCUUUCAGUUUAAAACCACCACGCCUGAUGGCCUGAUGCUCUUCAACUCCGGAGAUGGGAGCGACUUUAUAGUUGUGGAACUGGUAAAGGGGUACAUCCAUUACGUCUUUGAUCUCGGCAAUGGCCCGUCGCUGAUGAAGGGCAACUCAGACAAACCACUCAACGACAACCAGUGGCACAAUGUGGUGGUGUCCCGGGAUGCCAACAAUGUACACACACUCAAGAUUGACUCACGCACCGUUACUCAGCACUCCAAUGGAGCACGCAACCUGGACCUCAAAGGGGAGCUGUACAUCGGUGGCGUGACAAAGAGCAUGUACAGCAAUCUGCCCAAACUGAUUGCAUCUCGGGACGGGUACCAGGGCUGUCUGGCCUCUGUGGACCUGAAUGGGAGACUCCCUGACCUGAUCGCAGAUGCCCUCCACAGGGUGGGCCAGGUGGAACGAGGCUGCGAUGGACCCAGUACCACCUGUACGGAGGAGUCCUGCUACCAUCAGGGGGUGUGUCUCCAGCAGUGGGAGGGCUUCACCUGCGAUUGCAGCAUGACGUCCUAUGGAGGCUCAUUUUGCAACGACCCUGGGACAACAUACAUCUUUGGGCGAGGCGGAGCCCUCAUCACAUAUACCUGGCCACCCAAUGACCGGCCGAGCACACGGGCAGACCGGCUGGCAGUGGGCUUCAGCACACAGCUGAAGGAGGCUGUUCUGGUCAGGGUGGAGAGUGCCAGGGGACUGGGAGAUUACCUGGAGCUGCACAUAGAACGGGGAAAGGUCGGCGUGAUCUUCAACGUGGGAACAGACGAUAUAACCAUCGAGGAGAGCGCGGUGAUGGUGAGCGACGGCAAAUACCACGUGGUGCGAUUCACACGCAGUGGUGGAAACGCCACGCUACAGGUGGACAACCAGCCCGUCAUUGAACGUUUCCCCUCAGGUCGCCAGCUGACCAUCUUCAACAGCCAAGCGUUCAUCAAAAUCGGUGGUGGAGAGAAAGGGCGCCACUUCCAGGGCCAGAUCUCAGGCCUGUACUACAACGGCCUGCAGGUCCUCAAACUAGCAGCCGAGGGCGACCCUAACGUCCAGACCCAGGGCAACCUGAGGCUGGUGGGUGACGUGCCCUCGGUGCUGACUACCGACACCACCUCCACCACCCCGCUGGCUGAUAUGUCCACCACAAUCAUGGAGACAACCACCACCAUGGCCACAACCACCACCCGCAAACAGCGCUCGCCAACCAUGAGGGACAGUGUGACACAGAACUCAGACGACCUCCUGGUAGCAUCGGCUGAAUGUCCUAGCGAUGACGAGGAUUUGGAGGAGUGCGAGCCUGGAAAUGGAGGUGAAUUAGUGUUGCCCAUUAUUACAGUGGACUCCCUAGACCCCCCAUCUAUCGCCACCCGCUACCCAGUAAUACCCCCGCCCCCCACCACUUACCGCCCUUUCCUCACCCUGCUUGAAACCACCAAAGAAUCCCUCCCCUUGCCCAACGGCCGGCCCCCUUGCCCCUUGGACCAGGAGGACUGCGAGGAGACCAUCGAGGUGUCGGCGUACGGCUCGGGGGAGAUGACCGAGUCAGAUGACGAGGACUAUUACAAAAAUUCUGCCCUGGUCACCGACAGGACUGUCCUCCCCCCUCCCCCAGCCGUCGAGGGUGGCGUCCAAAACCCCCGAGACCGCCAUUUCUCCCGCUUCCCCAACUCCCGCCCCCCUCUCUCCUCCACCCCACAGCCAACCCCGAAGCUGAACCCGCGCAUCAAGUCAGCCGGCGGCGGCAGCAGCAGUAGUAGCAACAACAUCCCUGCCGGGAAAAUGAACACCCGGGACCAAGUGCUGCUGCCGCCGGCCCAGCCCUCUUUGGAUCCAGGCCACCGUAGAGUCCCAGGUAUAACCUAUCCCCCAAAUUUCCCUCAUGUUCCCACUCCAGACCCCACGUCUCCAGAGAGAGGGCUCCCGGGUGCCGUGGAAGUGCAGCAGUCGAGCAGCACCACCGGGAUGGUGGUGGGCAUCGUGGCAGCCGCUGCCCUCUGCAUCCUCAUCUUGCUGUACGCCAUGUACAAGUACCGCAACCGCGAUGAGGGCUCCUAUCAGGUGGACCAGAGCCGUAACUACAUUAGCAACUCAGCCACACAGAGCAACGGGGCCCUGGUGAAGGAGAAACAGCCCAGCACUGCCAAGACGGUCACCAAGAACAAGAAGAACAAAGACAAAGAGUACUACGUCUGAGGGAGUGCCGCCGUGACACACAGGGGCAGACAGCAGAGCACUUAGAAAAGGAAAGAGACGGCGGGGAGAAGGAGGGAGAGAAGGCAGUAUGUGGGAAAACUGCAAACACAUCACAGUGGCUAAUUCAUUUAAAACUUCAAGUAUUGUCAGGUGCUCAUAUGUGUUACCAGUUCAUCUCUAAUCAGAGGGAGGCAGCAAAAUGAGAUGGCACAGUGACAUCACAGCUCUCCUCACACAUUUCCACAUCACUUUGAUUGAUUAGACUAAACUUCAGUUACAUUCAAUGUUAACCACAGUGUGGAUUUAAGGAAAGGCUAUUACAUCUCUACACAUACCGUGCCAACAACCAAUGCUGAUAAAACAGUGAUUCAUGGGUUAGCAUUUGACAGGCUGCUUAAUAUCCAGAGUACUGUAGGAAAGCAUCGCCAUCAGUAUUUGUGUCAAGGCCUGUACUUGAUUCUGAGGAGAACCUGCGUCACCUUAGACAGUAUCAAACAUAUAUAUGUUUUUUUCCAACCGGGCUCGAAUUAGCAGAUCAAUAUACUGCCAGCUUACAGAAACACUGUGUCAAAUCCAGCUUCUCCACCUCUGUAAGUGUUCGACAUCUCUGAUCUCUCACCUCCCAUCGGAUCUCUCUCUCUCCUUCUCGUUCACCCACGAACUCUGUUUCUCUCCUUGUCUACGGUGCCCAGCAGCCGAUGCAACGUAAACUCUGCCGUGUUUCAAGCAUGUAGUAUUCAUUUACGAAAAAGAGAUAAACUGUUUUUCCUUUCUGUGGAGUUUAAAAAACAAAAAAAUAUGACGCCGAUGACUGAUGAUCGUAACAACAUUAAAAGUAGCAACUAUGUGAGAUGCCACCGCUCCAACCUAACGGAUGCUAAAUUGUACGUUUAGCCGCCAAAAACUCGUCGAGGCCAAAAAAAACACCCCUUUGGUCGUCCUUUGUUCCAGCAGAUCUGUGUCAUGUGUAUCUGGGGCUCUGAGGUGCCCCCUAGUGGGCCAGCAGAGAAACUGUCACGUCCUUACAAGUUACUAAUCACCGAAAAACAGAAAAAACCUCCAGCAAACAAGAUGAACUCUGUUCUAUAUAAUUAUAAAUAUAUGUAUAGACGUUGCAGAAACAUAUGGACCUAUGUGAGCGAAUCAAAAAGUGCGUUUGCUGAGACGUGCACAGCAAAAGAUGGGAUUCUUGAACAGCUUCACCGUCCAACCCCCCCCCCGUUCCUCAGACCCCUGCCCCCCCUGUCAUGAACAGUACGGCUGAUGGAAUGCCUUGCUGCAAGACUCAGUCACUUUGGUUUGCUCUUUUCUUUUCUUUUUUUAAAAUUUCUUUUCAUUUCUGGAGAAACGAGAGACAUUUUAGGGAGAUUCUGAAUUCAUUCGUGUUGGAGUUCCACUGUGGAGACAGAUACCUUGCAGCAACUGAAAAAGAGCAACUGUGUCGUUCGCCCAUCUCUAGCCUGACUGGACUGACGGCAGCCCGUGGGCAAAGCGAACUUAAUGGGAAGAGCACACAAAUAAAAGGAGAACAGUAGUUCCCUGAAAGAUGUACAACAGAACUCUAGUAUUCCAAUUUUCUCAAGUCUAUUAAGAAAAGAAAACUGUACCAUGAAAAGAAAAAUUCAGAAAAAAGUUUGUGAAAUGUCUAAAUAUUUGACUUUCAUCCCAUUACUAAGAGAAAUGUGUUUUCCCUACUAUCAUUCCUGUUUGGAGAAAAAAAAAUAACUAUGAUUCUGGGAAACUGAAAUUUCUAUGUAUUUUCUUUUGGUACCUGAGCAAAUAUGAUUUGGGUUAUGAACAUGAAACCAUGCAUUCUCCUUUUCCAGAGGAGAAAAUUUCCUCUUUUAUCCUCCAUCUGCCAUCCUUAGCCUCUUUCUUUGUUUUUCAUGCAUUCCUUUUUCUCUGUAGAGAUCAUAUGUCCCCGUACCCUGUGAGGAAAGCAGGUUCUAUCCAUCCUCCGAUUUUUAUUUACUUUAAUUUGUUUUUAUAUCUAUUUCUGUCUAUAUGGCGAGAGACAAGAUGGUAGUCAUUUCACUUGACGGGCUCCAUCGUUACACUCUUCUGCCACGUUUGUCUGGUUUCUCUCUUUCUCCAUUCCGAGCAUACUCUCCCAGUAUCUUCCUGUUCUUUCUAAAUGUUAUUGUAAAGUGUUCCAGUGAGAUGACUCUAAAUAUGUGUACAUUAACAGAGGGAAUACACUUGGUUAUAUACUUCUUA